AUGGCGGCGAACGCGUUGUCGUUUCGAAUGUUCGAGGAGGAAGUGGAGGAAUGGGAGUUAUUCAAGGAACAAUUGGAGGAGUUCUUCAAGUCGGCCAAGGUUCCGGCCGAAGGCAAGGUGCCGGUUUUGGUGAACUGCUUGAAGGUCCCGACCUACAAGCUGCUGCGUGACUUGUGUACGCCGGCGCGGCCAUCGACGAAAACCUACGACGAGCUGUGCAUUUUGCUGGGCUGCCACUUCACGCCGACGACGGUAGUACACAAGGAGAGACGGAUUUUCUUCACGGCAACAAGGGGCGAGAAUGGGCCAGAACCGGUGAAGAUGUGGUUGGCGCGGAUCAAGCGUUUGUCGGCCAAUUGCAAGUUCGGAGAUCAGUUGGCACAUAACCUCACAAACAAGUUCAUCUGUGGUUUGACUGGAAAAGCUUUUGAUCGGGUGUGUGAGGAGGACGAGAAAGUGACCCUCGAAAAAGCUCUGGCGUUGGCGUUGAAGUACGACGAGGAAGAAAAAGAAGCGCAGCCUGUCAACCUGUUGAAGAAGACGCAGCGACCCAGGGCGGACAAGGAGCCACGAGGAGAGCUGAAGUGCUACGCUUGCGGAGCGCCGGGGCACGUCAGAUCGAAGUGUCGGUUCCGGGAGGCGGUAUGUCGCAGGUGCAGAAUGAAGGGGCACAUCGAGGCUGCGUGCUUGCGGAAGACGGAGCACUUCGUCGAGGUGCGAACGCCGUCGUCUCCGGUCCAGGAGGAGGGUUACGGCGAGGAAGAGGACGACGUUAAGCUGGAGCACAACUUUUUGAGUAAGGCCGAUCCUGUAGUGUAUAGUAUUAUUUCCCCCAAGUCUGAAAGUGCGCCGUUUAAGGCAGUAGUGAGUGUGGGUAAACAAACUUUUGCUAUGGAGAUCGAUUCGGGAGCGGCUAUCUCGGCUGUGUCGGAAAGCUUUCGUCGUGCGAAAUUGGCUCAAUUGGAGGUUAGGAGUACAAAGCUUAGUUUGAUGGGUUAUUCGGGGGAGUGCUUAAAAGUGUUGGGGUGUGUUGAACCAGAGCUGGUGUUUAAUGGUGUGACGAAAAGGGUGGUGUUUGCGAUUGUGGAAAAAGGUGGCCCUCCCCUACUGGGGCGCAACUUCAUCAAAGCGUUUGGACUACAGAUUUUACCGAUGAACGUCAUGAGUGUGUCAAGUGUGAAUGAUAAACUAGAAGGACUGUUGAAGCGCUAUGAUGAUCUGUUUUCCGGGAAGCUUGGAAGCUACAAGGGGAUGGAAGUGGACAUUACGCUGGAGGACGGAGCGAAGCCGGUGUUUUGUAAACCAAGACCAGUUCCGUUCAGCUUUGAGGAAGCAGUCGAGAAGGAGUUGAACACCGCAGUGGAGAUGGGGGUGUUGACCAAGUGCGACUCGUCCGAUUGGGGAACCCCGGUGGUGCCAGUGUUGAAGGACGAUGGCAAAUCCAUCCGCCUUUGUGGCGACUACAAGAUUACCGUGAACAAGUAUGUGAAGGAAGUGCGUCACCCGUUGCCAAGGAUAGAGGAGGUUAUGGCGAAGCUGAAUGGAGGAAAGCUGUUUUCGAAGUUGGACCUGAGUCGUGCCUACAACCAGUUUGUUCUGACCGAAGAGUCCCGAAGAGUGUGUGCGCUAUCAACCCAUAAAGGUGUCUUUCUCAUGAAUCGGCUUCCAUUUGGCAUCAAAACGUCGUCAGGGAUCGUUCAGAGAGAAAUGGAGAAGUUGUUUGCGAACGAGCCUUUUGUGAUUACGUUCAUCGAUGAUGUUCUAAUAACAGGCAGGAACGAUGAGGAGCACCUGGCCACCUUGGAGAGAGUCUUGGAGAUUUUGCACAGAUCGGGAUUAACGUUGCGCAAGGAUAAGUGCACAUUCUUCAAGAAGAAGGUCAGCUAUCUGGGCUUUGAGAUCACCGAGAACGGAGUAACGAAGACGCAAGACCGACUGAAAGCGAUCGUGGCGGCGAAAGCUCCUGAGAAUGUCUCAGAGGUUCGUGCAUUUGCGGGAAUGAUGAACUACUACGGGAGGUUUAUCAAAGAUUUGUCCACGAUUAUGUCCCCGUUGUACGAGCUGCUGAAAAAGGGGAGCAAAUUCGUUUGGUCCCAGAGCUGUCAGGCGGCGUUCGAGCGAGCUAAACAGGAGGUUUGUAAAGAUGUUUCCCUGUCACAUUUCGACCCGAAGAAGGAGAUUGUGUUGAUUUGCGAUGCGUCAAAUGUGGGAGUGUCAGCAGUCUUGGCGCACAGAGAGCACAACGAGGAUCGACCGAUUGCAUUCGCGAGUAGAACGCUCAGCCCGAGUGAGAAAGGUUACAGUGUUCUGCAGAAGGAAGGUCUGGCCAUCGUGUUUGGAUUAAACAAGUAUUACUUCUACCUGGCUGGGAACAAGGUUACCAUCAAGACAGACCACAAACCGUUGGUCGCGAUUUUCGGCCCUCAGAAGGGGGUACCAGUGAUGGCAGCUGGGCGGAUGCAGAGGUGGGCGAACUUCAUAUCGGGAUUCCAGUACCAGAUGGACCACAUUUCGUCGGAAGAGAAUGUAGCUGACUAUCCAUCCCGUUGUCCAGUCGAGUCGUGGGAGCUGUGGAAGGAGGAUGGAACGUAUUUGAACUUCAUCACUUCUGGAAGCAAACUGUCAUUGGAUACCGACGCGUUGAGAGCAGCUACUGAAGGCGAUAAAGUUCUGUCCUUUGUGAGACAACAGGUUCUUCUGGGCAAGAAGCAGGGGCUGCAGAACGACGAGUUCCAAGCCUUCGCUCGAAUCUACGAAGAACUGGCAGUGGAAAACGACAUCGUGAUGAGAGGAUUCCGAGUUGUUGUUCCAGCAUCGUUGAGACAGGUGGUUCUUGAGGAACUGCACACUGCUCAUCUGGGAGUGAACAAAUCUAAAAGUGUCGCGAGAGGUUACUUCUGGUGGCCAGGAUUGGACGAGGCGAUCGAGAGUUACAUACGGGGUUGUAGCGCGUGUCUUUCGGAGCAACCGUCGCCGCCGUUAGCAGAGUUGAUACCCUGGGAGGUUCCGAUUCGUCCCUGGUCGAGAAUUCACGUGGAUUAUGCUGGCCCGAUCCAAGGUGUGUGGUACCUGAUAGUAAUCGACGCUCUUACUAAAUGGCCGGAAGUAUUUCCGACCAGAACGAUCACGGCGACGUUUACCAUCGAGAGGUUGAUGGAAUGUAUGGCGCGAUUUGGUUUGGUCGAUGAAAUUGUCUCGGACAAUGGGACGCAGUUCACGGCAAAGGAGUUUAAAUCCUUCGUGGAAGCAAACGGAAUCAAGCACAACUUAACCGCACCGGGACACCCCGCCUCCAACGGGGCGGCAGAAAAUUUUGUAAAGACGUUCAAGUCUGCGUUGAAGAAAGCCUGUAACGAUGGUUUGGGACGCCGCUCCAGCGAAGUCUUGAACAAUUUUCUGAUGGCCUACCGCAAGUCAACGCACUGUUCGUCGAAAUUGUCGCCAGCGGUUGCUUUGUUGGGACGAGAAAUGGUGACAAAAUUCGAUCGUAUGCUGCCCCAAUCGACCAAGCCAGAGGUGCCCAAACUGGACGUACUGAAGGAGAACUUGACCACAGCCCAAAGGAAGCAGCAACGGCAGUUUAAAGGUUCGCGGAUCCAUGAAUUCUGCCCGGGAGAGAAAGUGUUGGUGAGAGAUUACUCCGAUCCGAACCACACCAAGUGGGAGAAAGCUGUCGUCGAUCAGGUACUGGGAAAGCGCAAUUAUCUGGUCACUUUAAGCAGUUCAAGGCGUCGAAUUAAGCGUCACCUCGAUCAGAUGGUGCCUGACACGUCGGUGGCAAAAGCGGGUGCGCGGAUGUUUCCCAAGAGCGGUGGUGCUAGUUGUGUUCCAAGUCGUCCUUCCAGCUCGCUACUUUCAGGGAACUAUUCUGCUAAAAUUGUCUUGGGUAGUGAGACGAAAGCUUCGACACAGCCGGCGGCAGUACAACCUGAGUCACGCGAGGGGGCGGAGUCGCCGGUAGGACCACAGGAGACUCAAGAGUUAGGAGACAUGGUCGGUGAGGAGGAGGUUCGGGGUUUUGACACAGGAUGGUCGGUUCAGGGAAAGAAGCGUAAGGUGAAAGAAGUCUUUCCGGAUCCAUAUGCUAGGAAAACCUCUAAAAGGCUUAAACGCAGCAAGUACGAUCAGCUCCUAAGAAUGUUCCUACCUUUGCAGAAUUCAGCCUGUGAGAAAUCGGAACACAAACCUAACAGCAACGGACCAAACGGAGAGCUUAGCGAAAACCAACAUGCUUAG